UGAUCCACCACAGUAUUCCAAUGGGCCAAACGGGCUCGUUCUGAGUGAUCCAGUCCAGACUCCACCAUCCAUAAUACCCGAUCCGACCCUCCAAUUGCCAAACGCAGAAGGACGUUCGCGACUGUUCAUUCAUCGCCAGCAGUCACGUGCAGAGCAACCAUAUCGUCACAAUCAAAACGAAGAAGAAGAAGACGAAUCCAAACCCUAGCAGAAGUCGAGUAACUGUUUGUUCAUCGUUGCAAUAUCGAUGUGAACUGACCCCUUUUCCCUAUCCUUUAGGAAUGUGUCAAGUUGGACUGCAGUGGUAAAGAGCCCGCAGACUCCACACUCACGUCACAAAGUAACCCUUUUAGAAGGGAACUUGCACUUGCGUUAUUUCUUCCAAGCAUUUGAAGUUGAAGGUACAAGGUUGUUCCUAUCUAACAUACUCAAGAAGAGAAGUACGCAAGUGUGAUGUCGGAAGGUACAAUGGCAGUUGUCAAGCCAGAGUCUUACAUCUGGGUCCAAACUGCUGAUGGUUUGAUCCAACAAGUGGAGGAAGAGGUUGCUAUGUUUUGCCCCAUGAUAUGUCGAGAAGUACUUCAAAUGGGCAUGGGAUCUUCCAAAAACUAUGCUGUCGCUCUUCCUCAACGAGUCAAUCCAGCUAUCUUGGGCUUAAUACUUGACUACUGUCGGUUUCAUCAAGUAUCAGGCCACUCUAAUAAGGAGCGGAAAACUUUUGAUGAGAAGUUCGUUCGGCUAGAUACGAAAAAGUUAUGUGAGUUGACGUCUGCUGCUGACAGUCUCCAGUUGCGACCUUUGGUUGACCUCACAAGUCGUGCACUUGCUAGGAUGAUCGAAGGGAAAACUCCUGAGGAAAUACGUGAAACAUUUAAUUUACCAGACGAUCUUACAGAGGAGGAGAAGUUGGAGCCUUUGAGAAACAUUACUGAUGAUCCUCGAAUCAGGCUUUUGAAUCGUUUAUAUGCUAGAAAGAGGAGAGAAUUAAGAGAGAGGGAGCAAUUAAAGAAUGUUGAAGUAGAGGAAGAGCAUGGUGAUGAACGCUCAGUGGAUGAUCUGUUGUCGUUUAUAAAUGGUGGAAAUGGAGAUUCGAAAGGAGUUAAAGGUACUAAGACCAAGAAAAAGAGCCGGAGGAGAAAAGAUCAACUGAGGGGGUGUUCAUCGAUCAAUGAAAAUGGAAAACAUAAGAAGGAUUCUGCAGUGGGCGCCUUUUCACCUAAGCUCGAGCUUGAUGAUGGUGAUAUUAUUGAUGAUGAAUUAGAUCCUGCCGUGAAGGAAGAACUUGACAGGGAGGUGGAGGAUUUUGCUAGGAGAUUGAACUGUGUUUGGCCUGAAAGAAUGCAGAAGAUUCUAACUUCGGGCCAAGAGUCCAGGAGGCGUUUACCAAUUCCUAUUACUGGCACUGGUUCUUUGAAGAGAUAUACAGGUUUGGACCAGCGACAAUGAUCCAGUGGAAAUGACUGAUUUCUCACAACCUAUACAGCUUAAGUAGAGCUUUGGACAAUGGGCUAUAAGCGAUGGGUUGCUGUCAGAACCUUGGAAGAAUGGCAAUAUUUUCUCCGUCGUCGUGUUUGCCCAGAAUGUACAUUUUCUCCUUUUGGCAACCUUCAUUUUGAGGCUUAAAGAGGAAAAAAGAGAGAGGAGAGAGAUGUAACCCCUUGCAGUGGUUUGAACUUUUAGGCUCUCAACAGUGUCAGCUCUAGUUUCCUUGCAACAUUUUUUCACAAUUCCUUCCAUCCUCGUAUGAGUCAAUUUCCAUUUUUUCAUAUCGUUUGCAACAGCCACGCCUGUGAGGGACAACGAGGAAUGAGUAACGAUAAUAUUGUAAUUACGUAUCUUUUACCUUUGA